ACACUGCUCUCCAUAUAGACUUUGAAUCAAACACAGCAUGCACAUUUGGUAUGCUGCAUUGAUAGACAAUGAAAUGGUUAUAAGAAGUGCUUUUCUCUGCUGUGAUAAAGACUGUGGAAGGACAUUUGGCGCCUGAAAUCAAGUGACCAGCUGAUUGAGAGAAUUUGAAUCCAGUCAAGGAUGCUUUGCGAAGGGAGAUUGUUAAGCAUGGCCUUCGCUGAAUUGGAGGAGCUGGACUCCCCCGCACCUCAGAAGGCUUUUCAGAGUGCUUAUGGGCUGCCAAGAGCACCUGCCACCCUCAUGUCAGGCUCCACUAGACGCGCUCCACCUGUUCAUUGCAGUUCCCCUGAGGCGACAGAUAGCAUGGACAACAGGAGUGCUUCAGCGGAGCUGUACAUUUCUCCUCUGCAGUCCUUGAAACUUCAGAGAGCCCAUCCAGGCAGACAGAUCUCUCCAGAAAUAGAGAUCCCAGCUCAGGCUUGCUCGGGUGGUGAUUCCCCUUUCUUGGUUCCCUCCUUCUGUCAGAGCAUCUGCAAAAACUACAGCGACCUACACAUUGGAGGUGACCAGGUGUUGCCUCUCUCAGCUAAUGAUGGUGAGCUGAGGCUUUGCACUGAUGCCCAGCCUGCUGGCCCCUUUCUCCAGUCUUGCGAUGUCCCCUCAGCCGUGGAGGAUUCUCUCCCAGGGCAGACAUCUCAGGGUGGGCUUCAGCACACACUGAGGGGAGGCUCCAAUCGUUGGAGAUUGGGGAGUGGUCGUGAUCGGAGCUUUUUGUUCCAGGGGCGAGAGGGGCCAUUCUCCAACUCCCUUCUAAAUCACUACCUGGAGCAGAAGCUCCUGGAUCUGUACCAGCAAUAUAUGAUGGAAAACAUGGUGAGAGAAGACUCUCACCCACACUCCAUUUGCCCUCUGCUGGAGUCAGAGCUGGUCCUGACCAGCCUGGACCAGAUCACUUUGAAGUUGAGUCGAGAAGGGAACCUGGAUGCCAGCCUGGCCAAGGACAUGGUUGUGAGCUGCCUGCUGCGGGUGGCUGGUGACAUGCAGUCAAGUGAGCUCAGCACUCCUAUUCUGCAGAUUUCAAAUGAGGCAUCCAGGGAGCAGCUAACAGAGAAUAAGGAGGAGUAACCCCAGUGUCAAGAAACUCACUUUAGACAUGAUAAAAAUAAGAUGAAACUGAUGACUGCAUUUUAUUUUACUUUUUUGUUUUAAUAGCUGUUGAGAGGAUGUUGCAAUGUUCUGUAUAUAAUUAUUAAUUGCCAGGAGAAUGUGCUGUAUUUAUUUUUGUGCUUUCUUUAAUUAUUUUAUUUUAUAUAAUAAUACAAUUGUAAUAUGCAGUUAUGUAAUUGGCAUGUUUGUAUGUGAGGCAUGUGUGUGGCAUGUGUGUAUGUGCAUUUUUCAUUUUCUAAAGGAAAACAUAGACAGGACCUGAAAAUUGAAACUGCUCUUUCUCCUUUUUUUUCAAAUAACAUUCACUUCUAACAGAACACAUCAUGGCCUACUUAACUAUUGUUAACACACAUAUACUGCACAUAUGACUGCCAUAUCUUCAUCUGUUCUAAAUGUCUCUUUGUUGGUUAGAUGCAGGAGAACAUGGUGUCCCUGUCAUUUAGGUCACAAAAUAAUAUAAGAUAGACUGUUUAUUUCAACAGAAUAAACUUGUACUGCAAGUUUCAAAUCUAAUCAAAAAUGUGUUUUUGCUUUUUGUUACUUCACCUGGUUGUUUGACCUUCACCAUGUUGAAUGAUGGAUGUGCAGAGUCAGACCCUAGAAGGCUGUUUCCACAUUCAUCUCUUCUCUGUGCUCAACCUUAAAUAUGAAUUUAAAUUGUGCACAUAUGAUUUUGUCACAUCACAACUCGGAAGGCAAUCAUGGUUCAAUAUUCAGCUUACGAGAGUUUCAUGGAAGUGGAAGACAUCUUGUUUCCAGCUGUUAAACUUCUAAAAUUAAGAUGUAAUAGAUGUCAUUUAAUGUAAUGUAUUUAAAGAAUUUUUAACUAAAUAAUUGAACUUUUUUUGUGAAAAAAAACCCAAAACAUAUCAGACUCAAAUUGUUAAUAAAAGCAGAGUAAUUUUGUUCCUCUUAAAACAUGUGGGGAGUAGAUUUCUGAGCAGGGAUUAUAGUCAUGUCUAUUGGCUAUGUUGCUGAGAGGCACAGUACAAAGCUAAAUGCAGUCGAAUGAUCUCUCUGUCAUAAAAAUAGUAUAACAUCACUAUUAAAACAGCUUUUUAAAAUAAUGAAAUUGAUUUUUGACAUCCAUGGUCAUUUAUUUUUAUUUUUUAUGCUCCCACAAAUGAUGGAGGUCAUUUGUGACUUUCUGACAAUGUGUGCAGUUUAAUAAACAGUCACAAGGGGGAAGC